ACAGAAGCAUUUUCCGCUUUCAUACGUCACAUGUACACUUUUGUGGCGAGCUGGUGUGGUGUCUUUACCGCAGCGAUUGACAUCUGUAACUGGGCUGAAAAAAAUGACCGUGUAAACCACCAGACUUUGCUCGCCGAAAAGAAUGGCGCGUUCAGGCGUGUUUGUGUGCUUAUUCCUUGCCGCAUUCGUCGGAGAAUUUUGCCUUGGUCAUGAGGAAGAGGUAGCUAAAUGCAUCGAUGGCCCUUAUCAUAAAGAUAAACCGUCUCCUGAAGGGCCGGACUAUGUUGAAUGUCAACCUUGGAAGGAAAACACGUGCUGUACUGCAGGCUUCACUGCUCAACUUGAGAAAAGUAAUGUGGAAGUUUUGUAUAAUUUUUCAUGGCACCACUGUGGUAAUCUCUCUAAGGAGUGUGAGCGGUACAUAAAAAACGAAGAGUGUUUCUAUUCGUGUGAACCCAGCCUUAUCAAAUGGCAUACCUCUGGUGGAGGCGUGAAACAGGUUCCAAUAUGUGCUGACUAUUGUGAUAAAUGGUACGAUGCCUGCAAAAACGAUAUGACUUGCGCUGAAGAUUGGCUGGCGGAUUUCAACUUUACUUUAAGCCAGUACUCCUGCCGAACUGAUUCCAAAUGUCUCAGAUUUAGCGAGCUGUAUAAAGACGGUGAAGGAUUGUGUAACAAAAUGUGGGGACAAUCAUUUACGUACGAAAAGAGCAACAAUUGUAUGGUGAUGUGGUUCGAUGGCAAGAACCCAAACGAAAAGGUCAAGCUUAAUACGACCGGCGAGAACCCAGCCGGUGCCGCAGUAACAAGCUACCAGUCUAAGUUCAUCAAUAUAGCUUUGGCUCUAAGCUUAAUUAAAUUACUUUGUUAAGUUUUCUACUACCAGUGAUAAACAUGGUAUACUUGUGUGUUUUCCGAACUGUAAGUCCAUCCCACUGUAUGUCGAUCACACAAGCUGUAGAACCUGGCGUACAAUUGUUUAAUUUUUGUGUAAUUUCUAUUCUGUUAAUCCUACUUCUACUUUCAUAUUGCGUAAUUUAUGAAAUAACUUAAUUUUAUUUUUUUAAAAUUUUUAAAAUUUUUUAAAUUUUAAUUGUAAUUGAUGUAUUUUAACAGGGAAGAGCCACCUGUUUUAUCUGUUAAUAAACAAUUAUUAUUAUUAUUAUUAUUAUUACUUUACAUCAAAUUUUAAAUUUGCGCCGUCAACAUUUUAUUCAAUCUAUAGCCCAACAAUGUAUCCGCUCUGUAGUAACGCACGAGCAAAAAGGUGGAGAUUUUAUUUUAUCCACUAUGGCUGACGCUGACUACAAGAAUCGAGCUGCUCUGGGAGCGAGAAUGGAACGUUUUAGCUGUAAUUCUGAUUUGAACCUUAAUUAGACUAAAAAACAAAUAUAAGAAGGGAAAAAAAUAGAGCCAAAAAAGAUUGUGUUGAAAGUCGCUGAACUGUUUCGAAUUUUGCCUAUUAAUUCAUUGGAUACCGUUAGUUAAAUUUUGCGCAAAAUGGUGGGUACCAAUUAAAGGAAAAUACUUACUAUGUUAGUGGAAAUGUUCUUUUGAGCACGGUAGUUUUGAAAGUAAGUUGAGUCACUUUGUGCAAGAAAUAAAUAUAGUAAUAAACGAGGUUUACUGGGUUUGCCCCAGAAUUAGUAA